UUUUCGCCUUAGUACAAUGCCGCAACUCAUGAAAUAAACCACAUUGAAAUCAGAAACUGGUUUGAAAAGGAAAAGUUAAAAAGUUAAUAAAAAAUGAGGAAAAAAGAUAAAUUGCUCGAAAAAGAUGGAUUCAAUUUAGGUCAUGAACCCGAAGUUGUAAAUCUGAUGAAAUGGCUGAAGCUCAAAGACUGGACGCCAUGCUACAGAAUGAGAGUUGCUAAAUUCCAAUCUACAGACCGGGGUUUGCAGGUUUUAGAGCAUGUGAAAGAAGGUUCUGUGAUAGUUUCUAUUCCAAUCGAAGCAUGUGUAACAAGAUACUAUCUUUCUACUUCUUGGGUUGGAGAAAUCCUUGCAGAGCAUUUUGAAAAAUUUUCUACACAGGUUCUGCUGAGUUUUUGGUUGGCGAUUGAGAAGGAUAAAUUCGUAAAACCUCAUCUUGUAAAGAACCUAAACCCCCAGCUAGAGACGGACAAGGAUCUUAAUCCCUUACUGGAGAAGGAUGCGGAUUUAAAACCAUAUCCAGGGUUAGAUGACCACUGGAAACCUUAUAUAAAUUAUCUACCUAAUGAAUAUUCUCUUCCUUUGUAUUACAAUCAGACUGAACUGAGUGCUCUACCAGGCUACAUCUCCUCCCAUGUAUACAACCAGGAGAAUAUAAUUCAACAAUCCUAUCUUCUGCUCAAGGAAUAUUUUACAGAUCUAAACAUUAAUAGAUAUACUUGGGGUUACUCAACUGUAAAUACUAGAGCUGUUUAUCUAGAGAAGGAUCCUAGGGAUUCAGGAAAAGGGGAGAGGGGAGAGAAUACGCUUGCCCUGGUCCCUUUCCUAGAUCUGCUCAAUCAUUCAGAUGAUGUAAGCGUAGAGGCUGGGAUAAAUAUCAAACAGUCCAGGGAUGGAGGAGGAUACUAUUACGAGAUAAAGGUGGACCAAGAUACCUCCAAGUUCUCGGAAUUAUUUAUUUGCUACGGGAAACAUUCGAAUACCAAACUAUUGACAGAGUACGGGUUUCAUCUAGGUAAAGGAAACCAGAAUGAACAUAUUAAAGUAGAACUGGAAGAACUGAUCAACUUUCUUAAACUUCGUUACAACAUCUCAAAUAUCAAGGCUAAACUAGAUUUAUUGGAAAAAGCUGGUCUUGUUUCAAAUCUUGGUAUUUCCGAAGGUCACCUUCCGUGGAAUCUACAGGCUGUUAUAUAUAUCUUGAUGAUGGAUCCUUCAAAGAUAAAUGAAUGGCACAAAGUCUACUUACAGGAUUUAUUUCAGCCUCUCCACUCAGUUAUCUUGUCGUUCCUCCAGUUUAUUCUGCAGUACGUUAACUCAUGUUUAGUAAACAUGAUGGCUGUACAGUGCCCAUCAAAGUACUUCAGUUACGCAAUUAGUCUUGUACAGUUUCAUGUACAAAUGUUGAAAUCGUGCAUUAACGUGUAUACUUGAUUUACAUGACUAUGAAAUACAGGGUGUCGCACCUCAUAUAGGAUAGAGGAAUGCCCUAAACUUGGAUUUUUGGGACCGAAAAUUUUGAAAGAGCAAAUCAUUCUAAAUUUUCGAUAAUGCUAACAUAACAAAACUGCAUUCAGAAAAUGCUUGAGGUUCUCUAAAUAUCUUCUGGGAGGCGCUUUAUGUACAAUGAACGUACAAAUGAUAUACAUGAGAUGGGUUCGGAAAUUUACAUGUAUCUGAAUCUGAUCCGAUGGCUGAAUUUAAUUAUUUGUAAAAUGUGUGUCUGCUGGCUGUGAACUAUAACUAUUA